AUGUCACCGGCCAUUGAGAGGCUUGGCGGCCGGCUAGCGGUGCGACUAGGCCUCACCGGCAGCCUCGGGCCUGCAUACGCAUCUUCGGUCUCCCGCCGGCCAGCAGGACUGGCUGCCCUCCCGGUGCCGGCAACCAAAUGCUGUUGGCGCUGCCAAAGGCGGCUGUUUUCCAUAACCGGCGUGGUCGCCGGGUCGUCUAGCUCGCGAUGGACCUCGCGCCAGGAGAAAGACAUCUAUGCUCGCGAGGCCAAGGUCAGGGGUCUCAAGGGCCGUGCCGCCUUUAAGCUGCUAGAGAUGGAUAGUAAAUAUCGCCUUUUUAGGCCUGGCCAGAUGGUCGUGGAUCUCGGUUAUGCUCCGGGAAGCUGGUCCCAGGUGGCCUUGGAGCGAACAAAACCGACUGGUCGAGUGCUCGGCAUCGAUCUCAUUCCUGCCCAGCCUCCACGCGGUGUAUCGACCAUCCAGGGAAACUUCCUGGCACCAUCGGUGCGCGCUUUGGUCAAGGAGUACCUGGCCACAUCAAAGAAGCGGCCGAUCGCCAGAAAUCGCGAGUCGAAGUCCGACCCCGACGCCAGAGCUCCUGACGAUUUUGAAGAGGCUACUGAUAUCGUGCUCGACCGCCCCAGCUACCUCCAGAUAGGACAGGAGGAAGCUUUAACCAGCGCCCUCCCAUUGACAGGCGAGGAUGUGGCGCCUGUCCAAGACAGCAUCGACAGCAGCCGCACGGUAGAUGUAGUUUUGAGCGACAUGAUGAUGAACACGAGCGGCACGCCCUUCCGCGAUCACGCUGGAAGUAUGGACCUCUGCGCUGCCGCCCUCGAAUUCGCCAGUGACACGCUGCGACCCGGCGGCCACUUUGUCUGCAAGUUCUACCAGGGCGGUGAAGACAAAGCCCUGGAGACACGCCUGUUAAAGAUGUUUGCCAAGGUGCACCGGGAGAAGCCCAACUCGUCAAGGAGUGAAUCGAAAGAGUCCUUUUUUGUAGCGCUAAGACGGAAAGGCAACGUCAAAUGGGAGGACCUUCAAUGA